AUGUCGCACCGUAAGUUUUCGGCGCCAAGGCACGGUUCUAUGGCCUUCACGCCGAAGAAACGAUCCAGGACCUAUCGAGGAAGAAUAAAGGCUUUCCCAAAGGAUGAUCCUUCGAAGCCUAUCCAUCUGACCGCGUUCCUUGGCUACAAAGCUGGCAUGACCCACAUCGUCCGUGAUGUCGAUAAGCCAGGAUCAAAGGUAAACAAGAAAGAAGUCGUCGAGGCUGUUACCAUUAUCGAGACCCCACCGAUGGUCAUUGUUGGCAUCGUUGGAUACAUUGAUACUCCUCGUGGCCCUCGUCCCUUCAAAUCGGUCUUCGCCGAGCAUCUCAGUGAAGAUUGUCGCCGUCGUUUCUACAAGAACUGGUGCAAGUCUAAAAAGAAGGCCUUCACCAAGUACGCAAAGAAAUGGAUGGACGAGGACGGUAGGAAGGUGAUUGAGUCUGACCUCAACAAAAUGAAGAAGUACUGCUCUUCAAUCCGUGUUGUUGCCCACACUCAGAUGAAGAUCCUCAACCGCAAGCAGAAGAAAGCACAUCUUGUCGAGAUCCAAAUUAAUGGAGGAACCAUCGCUGAGAAGGUCGAUUGGGCCAAGGAACACCUCGAGAAACAGGUCCCCAUCGACACUGUCUUCUCCCAGGAUGAAAUGAUUGACACCAUUGGUGUUACCAAGGGUCAUGGAUUCAAGGGAGUAACAAGCAGAUGGGGAACCAAGAAGCUUCCGCGUAAAACCCACAAGGGUCUCCGUAAGGUUGCUUGUAUUGGAGCGUGGCAUCCUUCUCGAGUUGCGUUCACUGUUGCUCGAGCUGGUCAAAAGGGAUUCCAUCACCGAACUCACAUCAACAACAAAGUUUAUAGAAUUGGACGUUCAUGCCUUACACCUGAGGGCAAAAACAAUGGUGCCACUGAGUUCGAUCUCACCGAGAAGAGCAUUAACCCAAUGGGAGGCUUCCCGCGUUACGGUCUCGUGAACCAAGACUACGUUAUGCUUCGUGGUGCCGUCCUCGGACCCAAGAAGCGUCUCAUCACACUUAGAAAGUCUCUGGUUGUUCAAACCAAGAGAUUCGCUCAUGAGAAGAUAAACAUGAAAUGGAUCGACACCAGCUCCAAAACUGGACACGGACGAUUCCAAACUACCGCUGAGAAGAAGGCGUUCAUGGGCAAACUCAAGAAAGAUUUCCUUGCAGAGAGCAAAGCCUAA